ACAGUACACUACGCUACUCAUAUAUUCGCAUUCCGACCACAUUUCCAAUUGCCCGUCUACACCUGGCCAGAUCUCCGUUCUCCCGACCGGACGGCAUUCGCGCGAGAGAGACCAGCAGCACAGUACCGCUGUCGCCUCCGGGCAUUGACGCCGCUCCCACCUCCCACCUCCCACCAUGUCUCAGUCACUCGCGCCCAAAAGCGAGUCGCAGCGCAUCUUCGAGCAGCUCAAGCGCCGUGCUCCCAACAAAAUCUGCUUCGACUGCGGCGGUAAGAAUCCCACCUGGUCGUCGGUGCCCUUUGGCAUCUACCUAUGUCUCGACUGUUCCGCCCACCACCGUAAUUUGGGCGUUCACAUUUCGUUUGUGCGCUCCACGAAUCUCGAUCAAUGGCAGUGGGAGCAGCUGCGACGCAUGAAGGUCGGUGGCAACGAGUCGGCCAAAACCUUCUUUCAGCGAAAUGGCGGCAGCGCGGCCUUGAACAGCAAGGAUCCCAAGACGAAGUACACGUCCAAUGCGGCGGUGAAGUACAAGGAGGAGCUUCAGCGACGAGUCGAGGCGGACCACAAGAGAAACCCCGAUGGCAUCGUAAUUGAGGACGAACCGGGCGAGGAAGGCUCGGGAAGUGGGACAAGCACGCCCGCGGCAAGUGAAGACGACUUCUUCAGCAGUUGGGACAAGCCCGCCGUGAAGAGGGCUUCGAACCCUCCAAGCAGGACAGGCACGCCGAGCCAGGCAGGGAGGGCGAGUCCCUUCUUGAACCCUGGAGCUGCGAAUGGAAACGGCAUGGCCGCAAGGCCCAAGAGUCCGCUAAACCCUACCGGCAGCGAGGAAGUCAAGCCUGCUGCGAGCAGAGCUGUCCCCAGCGCCGCGAGAAAGACUGCUGUGGCUUCAAAACCCAAGGCUAACAUUCUCGGCGCUAAAAAGACCAAACUGGGAGCCAAGAAAGUCGAUGCGUCGGCUCUGGACUUCGAUGAGGCGGAGAAGAAGGCAAGAGAGGAAGAAGAGAGGAAGGCGAAACUGGGCUAUGAUCCGGACGAUGUCACUCCUUCAGAAGCUUCCAUCGCUGCGAAACAACCCGGAGCAGAAGCGAGCACUAUCCACCAGCCCACGCCUAUGAGCCCAGGCUCGAGGGCUGGCACAUUCGGCAACCCAAAGCCUAGAGAAAGGAGCGACAGCGAAAUGGAAAGACUAGGGAUGGGUGUCAGAAAACUCGGCUUUGGAAUGGUCGGUCAGCAGAAGAAGCCGGCUACUGCUGGCGGCGCUGCGAAGAUUGGUGGGUUCGGGUCUACGAGCCGAGCAGCUCCUGUUGAAGACGACUCGGAACGCUACGCACGCGACAAGUUUGGCCAACAAAAAGGCAUCGGUUCCGACGAGUUCUUCGGCCGUGGCGCUUUCGACAGUAACGCGCAAUCGGAAGCGAAAACCCGACUGCAAAGCUUCGAAGGGCAGACUUCCAUUUCCUCGAAUGCUUACUUUGGACGGCCGGAAGAGACAGGCGAAGAAGAGUAUGGAGAUUUGGAGGGUGCUGCCAAGGACUUUGUCAGGAAGUUUGGUAUUCAGGCGGGAGAUGAUUUGGAGAACGUCAGUGCCUUGUUGGGCGAGGCGGGCAACAGAUUGCAGGGAGCGAUCAGGAGUUAUUUGAACUCGUAGGAUGUUAUGCAUGCACGCGUGUAUGGUCGGGGAGAGACAACACGGAGAGAGGGAGAGAGAGCGAGAGGUGGGUGGGUAUGCAUGACGGAGAUCUGGUCAUGUCAUCAAAACGACAGGAUCAAUAUAGACAAUGUUAGUUGGCGAGCACAUCUAU